GCCCCUUUCUCCCCCACGAUCUCUCUGUGUCUCUCUCUCCCCUCACGCGACUCCUCUAUCGCCGCCAACUCUGCCACUCGAUUCCGGUGAGUUGAGCCGGCUCUCGCCGGCGCGCACCUCUUUACUCCCGGGCUCUCGUCGCGCCGCUCUUUACUCCCCUCCCGUCAGAUGCAUCUCCCGCGCCCUCCAGUGCUCGCCCGCAACACUCACGCAUGGCUAGGGUUUCGGCCGCCACCCCUAGGUUCGUCGGGAUUUGCCACAUCCGGCGAUGGCGAGGCUAGAGGUGGCCGGAUCUGGCACCGGAGGGACGAACCAACGUGUGACGGGCUGCCUCCAUGGAGAUGGAGCUCCUUCUCCAUCGCGGCCAGCUGGACUUGCCUCGCCGCUCCAUGGACUCGUCUGGCCGUCGCUUGGAGUGUCUUCCGCUGUCGCUGCCUGUUGGCCUCACGAGGAAGGAGAUGACAGAUUGGGCCAGGCACGGCCGCGGCGGAGGAGUGCCACUGGCCAACGCGUGCGGCUCUACAUCCACGGCACCAUCCUCGGAUACAAGAGAUGCAAUACAGGAGGUGCACGAAGAGACGUUUGGAGUUGAUCGGGUAGUUGCCACCAUUGGUGAUGUUACUGAGCAAAAAACUGCAGUCAACUGUCAACUCGCGGCAAGGUUGUUCAACACCUCGAUACCAUUCGGUUUCGUCGCCGGUCACACUUACUCCCACUCAACAAGAAAAUAGCUUGAUCUGUAUCCUUGGGGUUGUGUCCAUAUUGGCCUGAUUCCCAAGGAAUCUUAGCAUUAGGUAUGAUCUCAUGGAAAAUUCCUAAGGAAUGGAGUGGAGGGCAUCACCAUCCUUUACUUUUAUGUUGGUACAGAUAUUGCAGUUUUACAAAAUGACAAAGUGGUUCUUACUGUGGUA